UUUCCCUUCCUGGCAUUAUAUUUUUCCUCAUUAUAAAAAUCCUCUUUUUAUUUCAAUAUUUCUCUCAACAUAGUUAAAAAAUAAUUUUUCUAUAUAAUGAUUUUUUCCACUCAAAAUAACAUAUUAAUACUAUUAUUAAAAUAUAGAGUGUAUUUAAAGAGCAAAAUUUAUCACUAGAAAAGAAUAAAAUGUAUCGACUCUCAGCUACUUUUUAAUUGGUCCGCCAUUUUUCUUUUUUCUGGGAAAUUUUUUUUUCCCCCUCUUGACUAUUUGUGUACAACAUCAUUGUUUAUAUGUAUACAAAUAAGAAUAAAUAUUUUGUGAAUUGUGUAUAUAUAUUUAUUUUUUUAUUAUAAAGUUUUGCGCGGACAAGAUUUUGAAUAUUUCAAAAUAUUGGCGGGCUUGAAAAUUGAGUAUAUUGCGCGAAACUGUGAAAUUCUAGCGCACGUGUUGUAUGUAUGUGUUUUAAUUUGUUUGUGUGUGUGUGUUUUAUUUAAACGAGGUAAAAAGUAUAGUUCCGGAUAUAUACUUACGCCGAACAGCCUCCCCCAUUUUUCUCUCCGCGAAGCUACACGUUCCCAUUAAAAAAAAAAAUCAAUACCUAAUAAUUAGCAAUUAAAGCACAGAUCAACGAAUACGGUCGUGAUUGGCAAUAGUUUACGAGCCACAUGAAUUGCACUCUCUAGUCAUUGUCAACAAUUUUCGAUGAGACAUAUAUAUAUAUAUAUAAAACAAGUGGGGAAAAUUCACGUUAAAAAGAGGAUUAUUUCUCUCGCGCGGAAAUUGAGGAAUUCAACCGAGAAUAAGGGAUAAAUUAUAAAUAUAUCACUAUACUUCGAUUUAUAUACUUGAAAGUACUGUAGAUAAAAAAUGAAAAUUGAAAUAAAAGAAUAACAUUUUUUUUUCUAAUAAGAAAUUAUUUUUUAAUAAUAUUUAUUUCACAUAAUCGUUUAUCAAUUAAAGAAGCAAAAAUCGAAUAAAUAUUUUAAAAAUACAUUUUGUUAAUAUUAAAUUGAUUUGUGUGAUAUUUAAUUGAGGUUAGGUUUCUUUUUUCGCUGAUUUUAUAAAAUAAUAUAUACCAAUAAGAAUUAAACCAAAUAAAACUAAAAUAGUAUACGUAUAAUAAUAAAUUUCGACCGAAAUUUGCUGAAUACAUGUUUAAUUAUUCAUUUCAGUGAUUAAUUAUUAAUUAUACAGUUAAUAAUUAAUAUAUUAUAAGAAAUAAAAGAGUUAUUUCUCAUAUAUUUAAUCGAUUUUUAUUAAUUAAAAAUCAAAUUUACACUGACGGAGACGUUCUUUAAAAAAAAAAAAACUGUUCAAUGAAGAGAAAAAACACAAUUUUUCCGACUUUUCCUUGAAUAAUUUUUCUUCCUGGCUGACAGGAUGACAAAAAAAAAUUGAAUUAAAAAAGUAAAGAAAUGUGGCUCGAUAAAAACGUUCCUGUACAAAUAUAAAAAUAAAUGAAAAUAAAAAAUAUUUAAAAUAAACAUUUUUUUUUUUAAAAAACCAGUUAUCAAUUGUUCUUAACCUUUUUAAAAAAAUCAAUCAAAAUUAUAAUAAUAUAUAAAAUAUAAAAAUCAAUAACGUUUCCAAAAAUAAUUCUAAAUUUAUCAAAAACUAAAAAAAAAAUAUGAUAAAAAAUCAUUCCUGAUGGCAGAAAAAUUCUUUCUACAAUAUAUAUUCUAUAUAAAUAGAAGAAAAAAAAAUUUCCCCAUUCACUGAAAAAAAAAAAAAUGUCAGAACUAAAACAUUGUGGUUUUAUAUCACUUUUAUAUAGUAUCGGAGAAAAACCACUGAAUCUGUGGUCAAAACGUAUUUCAUCUGAUGGGAAAAUUUGUCGAAUAAUAGAUAAUGAGUUUUUAAAUGGAGACAAAAUAAUUGCAAUAACUGGCCCUCAUAAUGUUCCUGUUUAUACAAAUAUCACUUGUCCCGCUGAUUCAACUGAUGUAUUAAAUAUCAAAUUGCCUAUUCUUGUAUUAAUUAUUAAAAAUUUACAACUUCGUCUAAAAUUGGAAUUUCAGAUAUUAGAUAAGGAGAAAUUUCGUAGAAAAUUGACAUUUUUAAAUGAAGAAUUUCCACCAAAAAUUAGUACAACCGUUGCUCGUUUGCCAUUAAAAUUAGAAGAAAAUUGGAAUAAUUUAGAAAUUAAUUUUCAAAUUUUGUGCCACGAUAUUUUUGGAACUGAUUACGAUGUCAUACAAAGAAUAGUUAUUUAUUCAAAUUGUCAUAUUAGACGAAUUUACAUGCAAGAUCGUCAUUAUGAAUAUGAUGAAAAACCAGCAAAAUUAUUUCAAGCAUUUUUCGAUAUGUAUCUCUUAAAAUGGGGAAUAAAUUUUGUCGAUAAAACUUCACAAACAGAAAAAUUCAAUAAUAUAGAACCUGUACAAACAAGUAAUACUAAAACUAUAACAAUUGCAAAAAAUUCAAAAAGUUCCGUUAAAUUCCAUUGGACUCCAUCGCAAAGCAAUGGAUCAAAACAGAAAACAAGACAAUUUUCAACAAAAAAUAUUAAAACGAAACAAAUUAAAAAUACAAAAAAAGAAGAAAAAAAAUUGAUAAAAGUGGAAAAAAAUAUUAAUGACAAAGAAACAAAUGAAUUUGAAUUUCCUAUUUCAAUUUCAAUAAAUAAUAAUGAAUCGUCAAGAGAUAUGGAAAAAUUUUCAAAUAUUAUUGAAAAAAGUAAAUAUCUUGAAAUUUUAAAAAAAUCAAUUCCAAAUAAAUUUCACGAGGAAGGAAAUAUUUUUUCUAAAUGGCCCUAUAAAUUUGAUAAUUUACACAAAACUACAAAUAAUGUCACAACAAUUAAUGAUAGUAUUAUUAAUAAACAACAAAAUAUUAUACAAAAUUUAAAUAAAAAAAUUGAAGAAAAUAUUCCAAUCACUAAAGAAUCAUUAUUAAAAAAGACAAAUAUCAAUUUUCAAAAUGAAAAUGUGACAAAAAUUAAAGAAAUCAUAAAUGAAGUUCACAAAAUAAGACAACAAAUUAAUGAGAAAAAUUAUGAUUUAGAAUUUUCAAAUGACAAUGACAAUAUAAUACCUGAAUUUGUUGAAAUAGAGGCGAAAAAUUUCAAUAAAAAAUCACAAAGUAAACUUUUAACAUCCGACUUGAUAGUUAAUGAAUUGUUCAAAUCUCGUUUUAAACUAAAAACAAUAUUUGAGAGAUUAAAAAGAAAAGGGUUUUCAAUGAAAAAUAUGGAAUUAUCGAUUCAAAAUACAGGUGAACGAAAAAAUAGUUAUGGACAGGGAAAACUAAUUGAAAGUUGUCGUGGUUCUGUAAAUAAAUCGACAGAUUGUGAUGAAAUGAAAAAAAAAGAAAAAAAAAAAAAAACCUUUUAAAAUCCAUGUCUCUCUAAUGGAUGAAAAAUUAAAUAGUAAACAAAAAAAAAAGAGUAAUGAUAAAAAAAAUGUUCCAAUCAAUGUUAAUUUUUUUGAAAUGAUUGUGAAAAAAAAGGGUGAAAUUGUAAACGAAUUCAAAUAAAAUAUGAAAAUAUCAAAAAUUGUAAACCUAAAGUGAUAAAAGAAAUAAAUAUUAAAUUUUAAA